AUGCACGCAUAUGUUCCAAUCCAGGGCCAAAAUGUCCAUGUCGACGAAACUGCGAGUCUAGCCGACACUCUGAUACCUGACGAAGGAGGAAUCCAGCCCCAACCUCGAAUCGGAAUAUGGAAGAUGAUUGUGACCUCUGUUUGCUUGAUGGGCGUCUCUUUUAUGUGGACGGUCGAAUUGGCAUAUGGAACUCCCUAUCUCAAGUCGUUGGGCUUGACCAAUGCUUCUAUGGCAAUGGUAUGGCUAGCAGGGCCCUUGUCUGGACUGAUCAUGCAGCCACUCAUUGGAGCGUAUUCGGACAAGCUGACUUGGAGAAUUGGGAGACGGCGGCCCUUUAUUGUUGGUGGUGGAAUAGCUACUCUGGGCUCAUUAUGGAUUAUAGUAUAUGCCAAAGAGCUUGCUGUGCUCGUUACCCCUGGCAAUAUGGAGGUUCAAAAGAUGGCAAUCCUACUAGCAGUCUUUGGUUUCUACUGUCUAGACUUUGCCGUAAAUGCAGUGCAAGCAUGCUGCAGAGCACUACUCGUUGACGCUGCACCAACAGAUCAGCAGGCAUCACUAAGUGCAUUUGGAGGCACAAUGAACAAUCUAGGAAACCUCCUAGGUUACGCAGCAGGAUGGAUGCCACUCCCACUCUGGUUUCCCUACUUGGGCCAUUCACAAUUCUACACUUUGUGUGUCCUAGCCUCAACAGUAUUCAUCAUCUCCCUCUGCAUAACGUGUAUAGGAGUCCACGAAAUCCCCAAAGAACACAGCACAUGUGACUUAGAUCAGCCAUGGUAUAAACCACUCCUAGCCAUCGCACAUGCGUUCUGGCAUACAUCACCGACCAUAACAGCUAUAUGUAAUGUCCAAUUCUGGAGUUGGUUGGGUUGGUUUCCCUUCUUGUUUUACGCUACCACGUGGGUCGCUCAGCAUGUUCCUGCAUCGACAGGACCCAUACCGUCAGAUACGGAAUCGAUGGAUCUUGGUAUACGAGCUGGAUCUUUUGCAUUGCUGCUGUCGUCUGCUGUAUCAUUGGGUAUAUUGAUGCUGCUGCCCAUGAUUCGAAGAACUAUAAGUAUGGCUGAUGCGGAUGUUACAGAGUCAUGGUAUACGUUGCCGAGGAUGUGGGCUUUGAGUUGCUUUUGGUAUGCUGGUUGUAUGGGUGCUACCUUCUUUGCUACGGGUAUAGAAGCUGCUAUAGUAGUUGUGGCUUGUACUGGUAUAUCGUGGGGCGUGACACUAUGGGCUCCAUUCACACUCAUUGGCGAAUACGUUGUCAACCAACUAGGUGAAUCCGAAGAAAUGGUGUACGAAACCUCUCGUCACAGCGACGAUGUAGAAGAGACUCCCAAAUCAGUGCAACCGAUGUAUCCAGCCAUUACACCAGCUACGACCACCGUAAAUGUAAAUACACCACUAACAGCAACAACGAUAACACCACCAAUAACAACCACCGGAGUAGCAGUCGCAGGAGCAGGUCCAUCACGACGCCAAUCACCAGCCUCAUCACAAUCCAGCCGUCGAAGCUCAACACCAACCCGAAGACGUAGUAUCUCACCUCGACUCAUCCGAGACCCCGAAAGCAACACAACCACCAAACCACUAGAAGCAGGCAUCGUACUAGGAAUCCACAAUGUAUAUAUCGUACUUCCACAACUUGUGAGUACGUUCUUGUGUGCAGCCUUGUUCCAAAUGUUUGAAGAGCUGGCUGAAAAGUCGAGGGCUGAUGGAAGUGAGGGGGUUAAAUAUGAUCCGUUUGGAUGGGCGUUGAGGUUGAGUGGGUUGGCGUCUAUUGUUGCGGGGAUAUUGGCGAAGAGGCUGUCUGAGCGGCUGCAAAAAAAGCCAAAGCCCUGA